AGCACACUGAAGACUGACGAGCGUUUGAGAAUAAAACUUUAUCGACAGCCGAAGAUGAGGACGCUGCUGCUGCUGUGUGUGUGUGUGAGUGUGUGUGUGUCCGCUGCCAGGGCUCAGGAUCCCGAUUAUGACAGCUAUGACACGGACACCAAGACCAAGAACGUGACAACUUCACCAGAGACCACUGUAGAUGUUCGAGGUCAUCGCCCAACAACGAGAGGCCGCGACACGUACACCCCCAACAGCUAUGCCCCGCCCCCAAUCAGCGGAGGAGCAAGGUAUCGCGGCCGCCCCUCUACGACUCCGACAGGAGCUCAGAAGGUUCAGGAGAAGGAGGUUCAGCCCGAUGAAGGAGGGUGUACUCACGCUGCAGAGGAGAUG